AUGUCCAUUGAGUCGGUGAUGCCAUCCGACCAUCUCAUCCUCCGUCGUCCCCUUCUCCUCUCGCCUUCAAUCUUUCCCAUCAGGGUCUUUUCACAUGAGUCAGUUCGUCCCAUCAGGUGGUCAAAGUAUUGGAGCUUCAGCUUCAGCAUCAGUCCUUCCAAUGACUAUUUGGGCUCCCCUGGUGGCUCAGAUGGAAGAGAGUCCACCUGCAGUGCAGGAGACCAAAGUUCAAUCCCUGGGUUGGGAAGAUCCCCUAGUAUGGCCACCCACUCCAGGAGCCGUGGCUACCCACUCCGAGAGAAUGGCUAUCCACUCCAGUAUUCUUGCCUAGAGAAUUCCACAGACCAAAGAGCCCGGCGGGCCGCAGUCACAAAGAGUUGGACACGACUGAGCGGCUGA